UUUAGCAAAUGUUUUCCCUUGGGUUUAUUAGUUAGAGCUGUCACAUUUAAAGAGACCUUCUUUACUUUUACGCUAUUAGUUCUCACGUAGGAGAACCACAGGAGGAAACAGAGGAAGAUUCAGCAGAGGGAAAUAUAAACUUUGCCUUAACAUCAGAUACUCCAACUCAUUCUCGAGCUCAACUUUCUUCCGCUGGGAGUGACACUUGUUUCGCUCGCAUACUGUGAGGAUGUCUGCUCCUGUCUCAGGUAGGAAGACCCCCGUGGACUAUGGUGUACAGAUUCGCUUUAUAAAUGACCUGCAGGACACUGGAGGGGGAGUGAGUGGGCAGCCUCGGAAAGAGCCAUCAAAAAAGCCACCAAAAAAGCCACCUUCUCGCUAUGGAGUGGCAGUGAGGGUGCAGGGCAUCGGAGGGCAGCCCUAUGUUGUACUGAAAGAGGGAGAAAAAGGAGAUUCAUAUGGAGUACAGCUGAGAUCCCAACCACCUGCUUACAGCAGCCUGCCUAGGAGGAGAGAGGAUGGGGUAAUCCAGGGGCCGUAUUUCUCGUCUGGAGAGAACACCCCCCUGCGUCGGGCUCAGUCUCAUGGCUCUCUACUGGAUAGAGAAAACAGCAGUGAAGACUUCACAGAUCAACGUCCGCUUGGAGAUGGACGCUCUGGUAGCUAUGGAAACCUGGAUGGAGGUAUUGGUAUUGGAGCAGACAGGGAGCUGACCAGAGAAAGGAUGGAGAGAAAUCAGUGGGGUGGAUCCUACCAGACAGGGCUGAAUGGCACUUUAGGAAGAGGGAGAGCUGGAGGCAGUCACUACACCUCAUCAGAAUCAGUCGAAAUAUCUCCAUACAACCAGCACACUCACAGCCAAUCAGCUCCCAAGUCCAUCCGUCAGACGCCUGCCCACAGACUCGCUGACAGGUUUGAAGGGAGCUCUGCAGCACAGGCGGGUAACACUGGGACCAACACCAAGGGGCGCUAUCCCAUCCCAAAAGCAGAUGACAGACCCACCUCAACCUCACCGUUACCCGCUCCAUCUCUCAUCCUAAACACAUACUCUUCACCGCAGUCUUCCUCACCUGCUUCUGCCUACAGCAGCCUGGGCCGUGGCUCAAGUUCUGUCGCCAAGGUCACGGCUGUCUCUUCAUCUGCUUCAGUUGAUGCACAUGUAACUCCUGACCUUUUAAUGGACCAAGGUCAAAGUUCAGGGUCAGAGUUCUCAACUGAAGAUCAGAUACAGCAGAUAAUCUACGAUGUUCUACGUCAGGGGAGUACAGAGGGAGAUGCUGUCAUUAAGCACAGAGUUCGAGUCAUCUGUAAUAAAGUUCAAGGACUGAAGGUGAACAAAUCUGAUGACUCCUUGAAGGAGGAGCUUGAGAAAUAUCUGGAUGAAAAUGUACUGCUGCAGGAACAGCUGGGACGGAAGAAUACAGAGCUGCACCAAACACACUCAGAGCUAACUCAGUUACGAAUGGACAGAGAGAAUGCAGAAUCUCAUGUUAGAGAGCUGGAGGAUCAGCUGGCAGGACUACAGGAGGAGCUGAGGAGAGAGACAGACAGCAAAGCUCAGGCUGACACUAUGCACAUGGAGUUGAUGGCAGUGAGAGGUGAGUUGGCCGAAGCUGCAGAGCUGUGUCGGAAGCAGGAGGAUAUUCUGAGGCAGAGAGAGAGAGAGCUGACUGCUCUAAAGGGGGCACUGAAAGAUGAGGUCUCCACACAUGACAAGGAGAUAGAGGCUCUCAGAGAGCAGUACAGCCAAGACAUGGAGAGAUUACGAUCAAGCAUGGAUCAGGUUUCACAGUCUCAGGCAAGUAUUGAAGCCGAGCGUCACCACGUAAACUCUACGGUAAGGUCUCUUCAGCAGCAAUUGGAGGAUAGCAGAGAUGAGGGAAACCACUGGAGAGAACAGUUUCAGUCCAGCAGAGAAGAGCUACGCAACACCAAACAAGAGUUACUCCAGGCUCGUAUGGAGAAAGAGGAGUUUGAGGAGGAGCUGAAAGAUCUGCAGGAGAAAAUCAACACAAUGAAACAGCAGAUACCAGAUCCCAAACAGACCCAGACAGUCAGCCAGGAACUUGAGCGUUGUCGUGCUGACCUACAGAAGGCCCAGGCAGAUAUGGAUAAAUUAAGAACAGAUCUUGACAAGAAGACAAUGGAAAUUGUGUUAUUAAAGAAGACCAAACAGGAGCUUGAAGCAGAGCAGAAAUAUGAGAUUGAUAGAUUGAGGGACCAGUCACGCAGAGAUAAAGAAGAGCUGACUAAAGCUCAUGAGAGGGCCAAACAGCUAGCAGAACCUUCAUUGGUGGAGGCCCUGCGCAAGGAGUUGAGUGACAUGCAAGAAGAGGUGGGCCAACUGCGCAGUCAGCUGCUCUCAACUGAAGAAGAGCUGCAGGCGAAGAGAGACAAACUCAGCUCUGCUCAGACCCAAGUAAACAAUCUGACACAUGAGCACAAGGAAUUCGAGGAAACUAAUGCGCGUAUGAAGGAGAGAAUCAUACGCCUGGAGUCUCAGCUGCAGGAGCGCACGUCCCAGAGUAUUGAGGCUGAACAGGAGCAGCAGGAGGAGACCAGGAAACUGAGACAGCAGCUGGAGGAGUCCAGGCGCGAGAGCUCCAGACUGGGCCUAGAGCGGGACGAGCUGGCUCGUAAUCUUGAAGAGAAGGAGAAGGACAGAGAUGCUGUCCGCAAGGAGAACACACAGCUCGAGGACCAGAAGAGGCAGCAGGAGAGAGCACUAGACAAACUCAAUAAAGAGAUGGAGCGCUUGUCUGCAGCAUCCCGUGAGGAGGUGCGGCUCCUGCAGGCUCAGCUGGAUGAACAGAAAGACAAGUGGAGGAAAGAGCAGCAGGACUCACAUAAAAACGCCAAAGAGAAGAUCAGUGAGCUGGAGAGAGCACAGAACACCAUCCAUUCCCUACAGGAAGAGUUGGCCCGUCAAAAGAAGGAGCUGUUCUCAAGUUAUGAGGAUCGAGAUAAUGCUUUAUUAGAUAAAGAGAUGCUCACCAACCGCCUCAAACAUAUGGAGAGUGAGAUCGAGACGCAGCGUACCACACAAAACGACCGCUCGAGAGAGAUCCGCAGCUUGGAGGACAAAAUCAAGCACCUGGAGCUUGAGUUAGACGAGGAAAAGAACAAUGCAGAGAUGCUGUCAGAAAGAAUCACCAGGAGCCGAGAUCAGAUUGAACAGCUGCGUGCAGAGCUCAUGCAAGAACGAUCCUCCAAACAAGACCUGGAACUGGACAAAAACGCUCUGGAGAGACAGAUAAAGGAUUAUAAAUCUCGUGUAGCUGAGAUGGAGGGCCAGUCACGUUCCUCUACUGGUGUGUCUCAGCUGGAGAGCAAAAUCCAGGACCUCGAGGAAAGACUGCGUGCAGAGGAGAGAGAGAAGAACUCUGUGGUGUCCUCUCAGAGGCGUUUGGAGAGGAAACUAAAGGAGCUGAACAUCACCCUGGAUAAGGAGAGACAUCAGCACACAGAGCAGAGAGACCAGCUGACUCUGCGUGUGAAGGCUCUGAAGAGGCAGGUGGAUGAAGGAGAGGCCGAGGCGGAGCGGCUGGAGGGUUUGAGGAGGAAGGCCAUCAGAGACAUGGAGGAGAUGCAGGAACAGAAGGAGGCGCUGCAGUCCAAAGUCACGGCACUAGAGAAUGAACUCAAGAGGAAGAUCCAGCAGGCCCGACAGUCAGCUCUGGAGUCUUCAGUGCUCAGCUCUGAUGAUGAUGAUGAUGAUGAUAAUGGAUUGUAUGAUCAUUCCAGCAUAACCUCCAUCCUCACCGAGAGCAACCUACAGACCAGUUCCUGCUGAAGACCGAGAGAGAAAUCUGAUGCUUCAUUCCUGGACACACAAUAAGCGCUGCUCUAAAAUUCCCACUCUUUUUGAGUCAGUGAGUCAAAUAGAUUUCAGACAUGGCUUUAUUUAUCUAGACAUCCAACUUAGAGACUUUUAUGAGAAAAGCCUUAAUGAUCCCUUUAGUAUAAAAAAUACUUUUUUAGAGGAGAUAAGUUCAAAGUUGAAGCCGUUUAGAAACUGAAUUUCACCUCAGCUCAAAUUAGCAAAGACAAUUUGAGACUUUUUUUAGUUUAAGUAAUUAGGGGUUAAUAGAAGAAAUAAGCACUUUUGAAUAAAGUGAAUUAACAGAGAUGGAGGGAAAGAAACAGGAUUUAAUUUUGUUUUAAGGGUCCCCGUGACCGAUUAUGAGCACUGAUGAAUUCAUUAGGAGUGUGUUAAGAGAGGCUAAUGGGAGAUGAAGGAUAUCAGGGUAUUAGAAGAAGAAAUGAACACAGCAGAGAACAUUUUUCCAAAAAUCCAGUUAGCAGAGAGAGAGAGAAAGAGUAGUCAUCUGAAUGGGGGAAGAAAAGAAUAAAAAGUAUAUGUGACUAUAAUGUAGUAUAGCAAUACAGAGAGAAAUACAGGUAAUAGUUCAAAACACAGAUCCAAGAGAAUAGAUGAGAAAGAGCAAAAUCAAGUUUUAGUUUGAAGAAAGAGAUUAUAUUUCAUUCUCUGUUUAGACUCCAGCUCUUUGUAACACACUUAUUCCCUUGUUUGCAGUAAGUUCCAGGUACGAGUGAAUCAGCACUACACAGAAGCAUCAGUGAUGCUAAAAUACAAUUUAUAACAACAUAAUCACAAUAAAGACAUUUACAUUUCAGCCAUACUUACAUUACUACUAUUUCCUUACAAAUGCUGAUGUACCAUGUAAUUUAGCAUUAUAAAACAUCAGAGCGUUUCUAAAUCAGCUGCACUGUGAAAUUCUGUCUUUUCUGUUAUGCAAUUAUUGUAUAUUUUUAUACUAGUGUUUCUGUUUCCACAUUUUUUUUUUUAUUAUUAACCGACAGGCUAAAAGACAAGUCAGUGUUCAUUCCUGAUGGUAAAACUAUGAAAAUUAUUAAUUUUGUUUAUUUUGUUAGUUUACCAGCACAUGAUCUACUGUUUUUUACUUCAAUGUAUAAUAUUGAGGCAAAUGUUAUAUAAAGUAGCUGAAAUAUUUUCUACCAUAGUCGUCUCAUAAUCCUCUAGCAGACACAUUAACUCAUUUUUUGAUAACAAGCUGCCUGUUCUCGUCUAUAUCUACAGGACUUUAUCUAUGCACACAGCAUGUGAUUCAUGUGAAUGGUACACCAUUACAAUGCCUUGUAAAUCUAAUAAUUAUUUGUUUGUAAUUGUUCUUGUUCCAAAGUAAAUGAGAAUGAUUUAUGUACAUGUAUUUUGUAUUUAUUUGUAAUAGAAUUUGCAUUAAGCACUGAUUAAAUCAAAGGUUUGUAUAUUUCUGUAAGCAAAACCUUUUUUAUCAGAAAUAAAUUCAGUACUUUAGUA